GCGCCCCCAGAAGAGCCUUCUGGAAGCCGCUCGGCGCUGGGGAAGGAAUGCGGCGCUCGGGGCUGCACCCCCCCAGGCUCACGGGGACGGGACGGGGCGGGAAGGAAGGAGAAUGUACUGGACGGAGCGGCGUACGGGCGCUGGGCGAGAUACCGUCUUGUUUCAAGUGACAGAAAACAGUCUCUGUCCGUCCCCGGCCGCGAUGUCCCAGGCGCUAGCGAAAGAGGUCCCGCAGGAGGAGGGCGAGAGUGGCUCUCGGAGAAGCAGCUGGGGGCUGCUGGUCACGGCCGGUGUGGGAGGGACCUUGGUAGCCCUCUAUGCUGUGGCCACCCCCUUCGUGACCCCGGCCCUGAGGAAGGUGUGCCUGCCCUUCGUUCCUGCAACCGCCGCUCAGAUCCAGAAUGUGCUGAAAAUGUUGGAAAACAGAAAUGGCUCCCUAGUUGACAUUGGUAGCGGAGAUGGCCGCGUUGUGAUAGCAGCUGCAAAAAAGGGAUUCCAGGCUGUCGGUUAUGAAUUGAAUCCCUGGCUAGUCUGGUACUCCAGAUAUCGUGCCUGGAGAGAUGGGGUACAUCAGAACACCAAAUUUUAUAUUUCAGAUUUAUGGAAGGUUUCUUUUUCCCAUUAUAGAAAUGUUGUUGUUUUUGGAGUACCUCAAAUGAUGCCACAGCUGGAGAAGAAGCUGGAAGAAGAACUUGAAUGUCAUGCCAGAGUCAUUGCCUGUCGCUUCCCUUUCCCUUGCUGGAUUCCGGAUCAUACUACUGGAGAGGGAAUAGACACUAAAUUUUUGUCUUUGACUGGACCUGUUGAAGAUAAGAUUAAUGUGGAGAGAGUCCUGGCAUAUGAAAAUGUGUAUUCACUAUAAAAACUGAAGUACAGUGGUUGUCUGAAACACACAAAGGUUACUGAAAAAGUGUAGUUAAAUGACUUAAUACAGUCAUUUAUACAGUGUCCUGGUUUAACCCCAUCUAGCAGUGAAGUACCACACAGAUGUUCACUCACCCAUACUCCCCCUGUAGGAUGGGAAAGAAAACUGGAAAAAAAGGUCAUACUCAUGAUCAUGGAUUGAGAUAGGAAUAAUUUAAUAAUUGAAAUAAAUUUACUGAUAAUAAUAACAAGAGAGGAGUAAAACCCAAGAAAGCUGAGUGAUGCACUGUACCCUUGCUCACCACCCACUGAUGGUUGCCCACUCCAUCCCAUAGCAGCAACUGGUCCCUCCUUACCAACUCUCCAAUUUAUAUACUGGACAUGAUGUUCUAUGGUGUGGAAUAUCCCUUUGGCCACUUGAGCUCAGCUGUCCUGGCCAUGCUUCCUCCUGGCAUCUUGCAUACCCUCCUUGUUGGCAGAGCAUGAGAAAUUGAAAAGGCUUGGAUUAAGUACUGUUCAGCAUCAAGUAAAACCAUCAGUGUGUUAUCA